AAAAUCCUGUGCGCGCGGUGCGCACAGAGAGCGGCGUGCGCACCCCCGCACAUCGACGUCCGUCCGGGAUCGGACGAUCGCACCGCGCGCGCUCGCGAUGCACUUCUGCUGCGCACGGCUCGGCUCCCGUCCGGUUCCCGGAAUCGGCUCCUGGACGGACUCCAUAGGGCUUCCUGGACAGCUUCGUCACGGACGGGAAAGGCGGCAUGGCAGCUGUUCCGUCGCCGUCACCGUCGAUCCUCAGAUUAAAUGCUCCUUCUUGGGAUCGUGAAGAAGAGGAACAACAAAUACCGCAUGUUGGGUCAGUGGAGAUUGAAGUACCAGCUGAGAAUGUGGUUGAUAAAUAUGCACUGCUGGCACCUAAAGUUGGAAUGACUUUUGAUGGUGAGGAAAAGGCUUAUAAGAUGUACAAUACCUAUGCUGGAUGUGUUGGGUUCAGUGUUAGAAAGUACAGGACAAAGCGCCGCAAAUUAGAUGAUAGUUUAUGUCAGAAAUAUUUUGUUUGCAGUGGCGAAGGACAACGGAAAAAUGAGGCAUCACAAAAGGACAUUACAAGGACCGGUUGUGAUGCUCAUGUCCAGUUUAGUAUCAGCAAGGAGAAUGUAUGGACUGUGCAAAAGGUCGUACUAGAUCACAACCAUUAUCUUGCCAGUCCAAAUAAGACACAUAAGUUGAGGUCCCAACGAGAGAUUAUAGAGGCAGAUAGAAAAUUAAUUGGGCAGGCACGACGAUCUGGAAUGAAGCCAUCCCAAGUUUUCAGUUUCAUGAAGGAGCAUUAUGGAGGGGAAGACAAAGUACCAUUUACUAAGAUGGAUUGCUAUAAUGAAAUUGGUCGCGAGCGCACACCGUACUUAGAAGCCAAUGAUGCACAAACAUUAUUUGAAUAUCUGAGAAAUAAACAAGUCGAGGACCCAACAUUUUUUUAUGCAGUUCAAGUGGACAAGGAAACUGGUCAUAUAGCAAAUUUCUUUUGGGCAGAUGGUCAGUCUAUCAUGGAUUACAAAUGCUUUGGUGAUGCUGUGUCCUUUGACACCACAUUUCAAACAAAUAAGUUUGAAAUGCCUUUUGCUCCAAUUCUUGGCACCAAUCAUCACAAGCAAACAAUAAUUUUUGGGUGUGCACUUAUGUUCAAUGAGACUAUUCCAUCAUUUGUUUGGCUAUUUCAGACCUUUCUAACAGCAAUGUCCGGGAAGCACCCAAGCACAAUUUUCACAGAUCAAGACGCAGCAAUGGCAGCAGCAAUUGCUCAUGUAUUCCCAAACACAGCUCACCGCCUAUGUUUGUGGCAUAUUGGCCAAAAUGCUGUCAAACAUCUUGGUCCUAUAAUUAAAGCGACAGAGGACGAGGUAGAGGACAAGUCAGGUAACAAGUUUUGGGCAGAUUUCAAAAGUUGUAUCUACGAAGACCGAGAAGAGAUUUACUUCACACAGAAAUGGCAUGAAUUGUUGGCUAAAUACAACCUUGAGGAUAACAAAUGGAUGUCAAACCUAUAUGAUUUGAGGGCAAAGUGGGCUGCGGUACACCGUGACUCAUUUACAGCAGACAUUCACUCGACCCAAAGGAGCGAAGGUAUGAACAAUGUCUUCAAGAAAAGAUUUCGUAGGAAACUCGGUCUUUCAGAACUCCUUGUAGAAUGUGAAAAAGUUGUAGUUGAUCUAAGAUCAAAUGAGACGGAUGCUGAUUUUCAGUCACGUCGGAAGAUCCCAGUUUGCUACAUUCCAAAUCUUCCAAUGUUGAAAACUGCAGCUGAAACAUAUACAAGGAGAAUGUAUUCAGAGUUUGAGGAAGAGUUUAAAAAACAAUUUACAUUGUCUUGUGAAUUGUUGGAAGGUAAUGGGACAAACUCAACAUUCUUUGUUAAGUAUAUGCAAUCUGAGCGUGGAGCAACGGCUGUUUAA